AUGGGACGGUGCCACUGCUUUGGGUUCAAGGGCUGCAGCCUGAACUCUGACCUCUCCAGAACCAUAUGGUGCCCCAACCAGAACAUCAUCAACAUCUCUGAGGUCAUUUGCAAACUCCCACGGAACUUAUCCUCGUUGAAGAGGCUGAAUGUCUUGGGGAACCACCUGGUGCAGGUGAACGUCAGCGGAGUCCCGUUGCUGGAGUUCAUAAACCUCUCCAACAACACGCACCUGAGGCUCCAGCCUGACACGUUCCUCCACAGCCCCAGACUGGACAUCCUCCUGCUGCAGGAUGUUGAUCCUGAGGUAGUGGAGAGGCUUUCAGUGGAAACCAGGAGAGGACUCAUCCGUUUCUCCUUCUCUCUGUCCCUGGAGGAACCCUCUCUCAGUAUCUGUGGCCUCCUAAAGGGGAUGGACAGUCUGGAUAGGGUUGAUGUGGACCUUAAAGGAUCCAAAUUACCCUCAAAUUACUCAGCCUUCCUCGACUGCCCAACACCAACGAUGGUCGUCCUGGAAAACGGCAAUCUAGGUGAUGUGGGCCAAUUUCAGUUGACGAAAAAUAGGAGCAAAACAAAAAUCCUUUUUUUAAAUGAUUGUGGGCUGACAGACAUCUCUCAGACAACUUUCAAGGGCUUUGAGGACCUGCAGACGCUACAGAUGAACAGGAACCGUCUGAAGAUCCACUCUGGUACAUUCACAGAGUUGACCGCUCUCACCUUCCUCAGUUUCGACAGGAGCAGGGUCCAAGAGCUCCACCCUGAGUGGUUUGUCCCGCUGAAGAACCUAACCCGUCUGUCCAUCCUGAAGAACCUGAUCACUGAGCUAGCUCCCAACACCUUCAGCUCUCUCCUCAGCCUCAGGGAGCUCUACAUGCAGUUCAAUCUCCUUAAGUACAUCACAAAAAGACCAUUCAGGGGGCUUCGGAAGCUGGAGAAGCUGAACCUGAGUCUGAACCUGAUUGACUACAUUGAGAAGGGAUCGUUCCAGGACCUGACUAGACUCUGGUACCUGGACCUGAGUGGCAACCGCAUCACGAAAUUGUACCCCGCCAUCCUGAAUGGACUGGUCAAAGUGAAAGCCCUGGUCCUCUUCAACAACCGCCUCCACUUCAAGAAGGGUGAUGCACCGUUUUGGCAGAUGAAGUCUCUAACUGUCCUGGAGAUGCGCUACCAGGGUCCCGCAGGAAUGGGCUUGGGCUACCUUGAUAAGGGCUUCUUCACUGGCCUCAGUCAACUGAGGUCUCUGGCAAUGGGGAACACCAUCGACACCAAGUUCCACCCCGACACCUUCACUCCCCUGGUCGGUCUGCAGAAGCUCUACCUGGCCGGUCUGUCCAUGAGACAGACCAACCUGACGGCCCUCCUCUGGCCGCUACGAGCCCUGAAGAAGCUCGACCUUUACCAGGUAGACCUGGACUUUGUCCCUGCCCCUCUGCUGCCCGAGGGGAACUCCUUGGAAAUCCUCCACCUCAAGUCCAACCAUCUCCGUGGGCUGCAGAAGGCUCUGUUAGAGUCUCUCCCCCACCUGGCCUAUCUGGAUCUCCGGGACAAUCCUCUCUCCUGCACAUGCGAUAAUGCCUGGCUCAAGACCUGGGCAGUCACCAACAUAAAUGUGCAGGUUAUGCACAUCUACGACCUCCGCUGUGACAACCUGCAACGCUCCAGCUUCCUGUUCCAGUUCAAUGACAAGGCAUGUUCCUAUGACCAGGUGUCAUUUGUGCUCUUCCUGUCUACCAGCCUGUGCAACCUGCUGGGUGUGUCGAUAUGUUACCUGCGCUACCUGCUCCUCCUCCUAAGGGCCAAACUUCGUGGGCGGUUGAGAGGGGCUGGGCAAGAGCGCUUCCAGUAUGAUGCCUUCAUCUCCUACAGCUCCAGGGACGAGAUGUGGGUGAUGAACCAACUGGUCCCCAAGCUGGAGGGCGCCACCCCGGGACGCCCUCGUUUCCGGCUCUGCCUCCACCACCGCGACUUCCGCCCCGGCACCGCCAUCCUGGACAACAUUGAGGCGGCCAUCUUCAGCGCCCGGAGGACGCUGUGCGUGGUGACGCGAGACUUCCUGCGCAGCGAGUGGUGCGCCCUGGAGUUCCAGAUGGCCAGUCUGAGGUUGCUGUGUGAGGGGAAAGAUGUCCUCCUGCUGAUUUUCCUGGAGGACAUACCAGAUCACUGCCUCUCCGCCUACACUCGCCUCCGGAAGAUGGUACGCAGGGAAACCUACCUGAGGUGGCCAGGGGCAGGGGGCUCUGUGGUGGGGGGGUGCGACAUAGAGGCAUUCUGGGUUAAGCUUGAGGAGGCACUGAGGGCCAACGAAUGGAAGGAGGAAGAGGAGGAGGGGGAGGAAGGAGGGGAUGAGCUCGCCAGGCUCCUGGGUUAG